AUGAAUGAUUUAUUUGAAGAAAUAAAAACAUUGGCUAUAAAGAAAAAUAGUAAAAAUGGAAAAUACAUGACUCCAUGGUUAAUUUUUAAAAGUAACAAAGUUAUUGAUAAUAAUUUUGAAAAAAAUGAAGAUACAAUUAUAAAUAUUUCUAAUGAAUGUGAUAAAGAUUUAAUAGCUUAUGUUGAUAUUGUUGAUAAAAUAAAACAAGAGAUAAACAAAAUUUAUGAAAUUUCUGAUGAAAUAAUAAAUUUAAAAAAUAAAAUAAGUAUAGCUACAACUGUGGAACAAGAAAAUGAAACAAGUAUAUUAUUAAAUAUGCAAAUAAAAAAUGGAAAUAAUGUUAUUCAAAAUACCAAAAUUGAUAUAAGAAAUGUACGAAAAAAAUUUUUAUUAAAAUCACAAGAUAAUAUUAUUAUAAAAAAAACUAUACAUGAUAAUUUAAUUAAUGUAUUUAAAAAAGCUUUAUAUAAAUAUCAGUCAGUUCAAAAUUUAUAUCAAGAUAAUGUAAAGGAUAAAAUAUCAAGACAAAUAAAAAUUAUGUAUCCAAAUUAUACUGAAGAAGAUAUUAAUAAUGUAUUAGAUAAUGAAAAUGUAAAUACACAAAAUUUAGUAAAAUGGAAAUUACAAGGACAUGACGAUUUAAAAAAUGCAUUAAUGGAUGUAGAAACAAAAUAUAAAGAUGUUAAAACGCUAGAAAAAAAUGUCUGUGAUCUGCAUCAAACAAUUGUAGAAUUAUCAGCUUUAAUUGAAAUGAAUGAUGAUGUUAUUAAUAGCGUAUAUGAUAAUAUUGAUGAUGCUCAGCAUUUUACCGAAAAAGCUAAUGCUGAUUUAAUUGAUGCAAGAAAUAUUCAAAAAUCUUCAUCAAAAUGGAUGUUUUAUAUAUCUGUUGCUAUCGUUGUUAUUGUAAUUAUUAUGUUCCUACCUAUUUUAGUAAAAAUUAUUUAA